GUGUGACGUUCCCAUGCUGACGUUUGAUGUCUGUCAAAAUAAAACUAACCUUAAAAUUGCACCAAAUGAAAUGAAGCUUUUUUCCCGAUUUCUUGCACACAGUUUUAUAUAAUCACUCAAAGUUGAUCAAGAAAUCAAACAGAACAUGUAAUAACCCCACAAUUAUGACUUUUUUGCAAGAUACAUUGGUAGUGUUACUUUCCCAGGUAACGUUUUUCGUGGGAGCAUGGAUAUUUUUCGUAAAACAACUGUUCAAAGACUACGAAGUCAGGCAUAUAAUGGUACAAUUAAUUUUCUCAAUCACAUUGACUUUAUCAUGUACCAUGUUCGAACUGAUUAUUUUUGAGAUUUUGGAACUAUUGGAGGCAAGCUCUCGCUAUUUCUACUGGUGCCUAAUGUUGUAUUUAUUAUUGUUUGUGGUAAUUGUUUUAAACCCAUUUUAUAUCGCGUACUAUUGUAUUAGUAACAUCCCAUAUGUUAAGCCUGAUUACAUAAAGCAUUUAACUGUGUUAGUGUGGAUAAUAUUUAUUGUAAUAUUUUGGAAAUUUGGUGACCCAUUCCCUAUUCUGAGCCCCAAACAGGGGGUCUUAUCAAUGGAACAGCUAGUUUCACGAAUUGGUGUCAUAGGGGUCACUGUAAUGGCCCUCCUUUCGGGGUUUGGUGCCGUUAACUACCCUUACACAUCUAUGGCUUACUUCAUUAGAGAAGUUUCUCUUACUGACGUAAUGAACAUUGAGAAAAGACUGAUGCAAGCGAUGGAUAUGAUAGUUAUUAAAAAGAAGCGCAUUGCUGUUGCAAAAAGACAAUCUCUUGAGAAAAUGAAUGAAGGCAUGACCAGAAGGAGCGGUUUAUGGAGCAUGAUAUAUCCCAGUGGUAACAACAGAAAUCAAGAAAACAUAGCACAACUGAAGCUGGAAAUAGCAGGGCUUGAAGAAUUAAGCAGGCAACUGUUUUUAGAAGCUCAUGAAAAUCGCAAUAUGUUUGAGAGGAUUGAAUGGUCCAAGACAUGGAAAGGAAUUUAUUUUAAUUUUUUGGGGUACAUUUUUUCAGUUUACUGUACCUGGAAAAUUUUUAUAUGUACAAUUAAUAUAGUAUUUGAUAGAGUAGGGAAAAAGGAUCCUGUUACAAGAGGUAUUGAGAUUGCCAUCCACUGGAUGGGAUUCAAUUUCGACGUGAAUUUUUGGUCGCAACAAGUUUCGUUUUAUUUAGUUGGAUGUAUUGUUGUCACGUCAAUCAGAGGUUUACUACUAACGUUGACUAAAUUUUUUAACAGAAUGUCGUCAAGCAAGAGUUCCAACAUAAUCGUACUUAUUUUAGCCCAAAUAAUGGGCAUGUACUUCGUAUCAUCAGUGCUUCUAAUGCGAAUGAAUAUGCCCCCACAAUACCGAACUAUCAUCACUCAAGUUUUGGGAGAUUUACAAUUUAAUUUCUACCAUCGUUGGUUUGACGUGAUAUUUUUAGUAAGCGCUUUGGGCAGCAUUGUUACGCUCUAUUUGGCCCAUAAACAACCAGUGCAUGAAAAUUUAUAAUUGAAAUCUUGUGAUAAAUAAAGGAAAUAAAAGGUUCGUUUUUACGUAGUUAAAA